AUGCCCGCAUAUCACUCAACUUUCCUUGGAGAAGAGUCACUGGACACACGAACCGUUGGAAACUUGUCCUUGCUUCCCAUUCGUACGAAAUACCGCGGUCCUGCAUUUGAACCCGAUCAAGACUACGAUAUAGUGGAAGAGACACUCGACUUGUUUCGAGCCAAUUCGUUUUUCAAAAACUUUGAAAUCAAAGGUAAUGCCGACCGUGUGCUCAUCUACGGUAUCUUGUAUGUUAGUGACUGUUUGAGCAAAUUGAACAAGACCAUGCCCCACAGAGAAGCCACUAGAGUAUUGAAUAAUUUGAGUCUCGAUAAUUUCGCCUUACCUGGUGAUAUCAAUUUCCCCUUGAACUCGUUGUACUUGCCACCAAAGACAAAAGCCGAUGCAGAAUUGUUGCGAAGCUACUUGUCGCAAUUUAGACAGGAGUUGGCAGAAAGGUUAUUGGCACGGAUAUACCAGGAUGACGAAAACGUUCCCAGCAAGUUUUGGUUAUCCUUUACAAAGAGAAAGUUUAUGAACAAAAGCUUAUAA